AAGAUUGUAAUCCAAAGUCUGUCAUUUUUAACAUAUUUAUUUAAUACAUAGGCUAUAUGCACCCUGAUAGUUCAAUAAAUUAGCAGUUGUAAGCUAUGCAAAAUAUGGUAGGGUGCUGGAAAGAGAUGUGACGCAUUUCGCACAUAAUAUGAAAACAAUUAACCACGGUUUAUUUGAGUUGUGAGGAUACGGUUUUAUAAUAUUUUAAAUGUUCUUUGUUUACUACCAAAUUGAAAGAAAAUAAAAUGAAAAGGUGUCCCAUCUUCCCCCAUCCUACCAUAUCACGAGUUUCUAAAGAAAGUUUUUGAACUCGAUCGUAACAAGUUACUGUACGAUAGGAAUAUUUUAUUUCUUGAACCUUAGGGACCAACUUAAGUAGAGCGUGACAUUAUAAGAUCGAGUGUCUAUUGGUUGCAUUAACCACAUGCUGGAGUGUAAAAUUGGAAUCAACUUAACAACCUACACAGCUUGUGCUUGUUUUAAAGUCAUUUACAAAACGUUUCCAGGAGUUAGUCAGAUAUUGGAGGUUUGCAAAUCCAGUAGGCUACAUAUGUUAUACAGAUACCCGAUAAUGUUUUAAGCAUUAACAGAGGUCUAUGGAAGCCGUAAGGAUACGGUUUUAUAAUUCUUUGAAUGAUUCUUUUUCACUACCAUACGAAAAAAUGAAAUGAAAAGGUGUCCCAUUUUACCCGAGCCUAAUAUACUACAAAACUACACGUUGCAUAUGUCAAUAUGUACAGUAUUGACUUUGUUAAUGCACAAUAAUGUUGUCGCUUACCAUGUAUAAGCAUACAACUCCCGUUUGAAAGAAAGCCCAUGUUAAGACCGCAGGCUGUUCGUAAACACAGUUUAUCCAGCAUUGGAGAACAAAAUUAAAUAUUGAGUGAGUUAGUUUAACCGCAGCCAUCUAAUACUGCUGUAGGCUACAGUGCCAACAGUAACGAAGCGAGAGAUCGUCAAGCUGUAGCCAGACAUCGGAUAUGCUCCUUUGUUAUUGUUCACGAUGUUACGUUGUGCAAUUAAUACAGGCGCUUACUUCAAUUAUGUUAAGCAGAAAAGAUAAACGGUGCGCGUUCUUAGCAAAGGCAUAUAGCUUAGCGUAAGGCAAGUAUAAAUUAUUCAGUAGGCCUUAGACCAGUUUACUCCGGUGUCUACCAGAUGAAAUCUUUACAGCUAUUUUUCUCCAAUCGCUUUAUGGUUGUGUUUUGUUUUAUGUAGGUACAGCAAGCGCCUGCACUAAAAACAGUCAGCAUAUGCAGAGUGGUAUUCCAUUGUAUUUAUGUAUGUAUGUACUUUGUAACGGUUCAAUGAAUCGAGUAACUGGUUAAUAAGCAACUGCAAAGUGAGGCUGAAUUCAAGUUGUUUUGCCCAAGAACUGUUGGUGAAUUCCCCGAUGACGCAGAUUGUACACUUGUGUCUAACCGGUCCAGUCCGGUUUUUCCAGGGUUGCUGAACUGUAGAGCUUUAGAAAUGGCUGACGCAACUGUAAGGAGAAAUGACUUGUUCGAUCGUACUUACACUAUGGAGUAGUUUUACAGCAUUCACGGCUGGAUUUUAGCAAUACAAAAGAACAGUUGAGCGUAGAACGAGCUGACCUGGUGCUUAAAAUGAAGACUUGCUGAUUAUUGUAGUGGGAGAAAUUUUUUUGAUUUUCACAAGAAAAUAUAUAGAAGUUAUUUCCGCUCUAAAGAUGACAGUAACAUACACGCACGAAGUUGCGAAUGCGAGACUUUCUGGAUUUUCCAGCUUGUUGGUGCGGUGGAAGGGGAGUGUUUAUAAACUUUUUUACAAGGAAUUUCUUAUCUUCAUCACACUGUACACGAUUCUCACUGUGGUCUACCGAGCUUUAUUGCAUGGAGAAAGCAAAGUUUACUUCGAAAAGUUGUGUUUACAGUUCCAAAGCUACACCGACUUGAUACCCAUUAGCUUCGUGUUAGGGUUUUACGUUACACUGAUCGUCGGGCGCUGGUGGUCCCAGCUUGAGCAUUUACCUUUUCCUGAUUCAAUUAUGUUGUUAAUUGGUGCGAAUGUACAUGGCAAUGACGACAGGGGACAAGUCACACGGCGAACUCUUAUGCGUUAUAUAAAUAUGGCCCAGGUUCUCAUGUACAGAUGCGUAUCAACCGCUGUGUAUAAAAGGUUCCCGACCAUGGAACAUGUAGUCGCUGCAGGCAUCAUGACCAAGAGUGAGCACAGCGUUUACGAAAACGUCAAAACGGAGAACUUAAAGUACUGGGUGCCGUUUAUGUGGUUCACUAAUUUAUUGUCGAAAUUACGUCAAGAGGGUCGAAUAUACGAUGACAUGACGUACAAAGUAAUUUUAGAAGAGUUAAACAAGUACCGUGUGCAUUGUGGGUCCUUGGUAAACUACGAUUGGGUUAGCGUCCCCUUGGUGUACACACAGGUUGUAACGGUGGCGGUUUACAUGUUUUUCGUAUCGACGCUGCUCAGUCGGCAAUACCUUGAUCCGGAUAUGAACUACAGCGGGCAUGAAGUUGACUUGUAUGUGCCAAUCUUUACCAUCUGUCAGUUUUUCUUUUAUAUGGGAUGGCUGAAAGUCGCCGAACAACUCAUUAACCCUUUUGGGGAAGAUGACGACGACUUUGAGGUAAACUGGUGCAUUGACAGAAAUUUAGAAAUCUCCAUGCUUGCUGUCGACCAAAUGUAUUCCAAACACCCUAAGCUUGAAAGGGAUUUAUACUGGGGUGUUCCUAAUCCCGAUGUUCCAUACACAGCUGCAUCUGCCAACCAUAAAGUGGAUCCCUUCAUGGGUUCAACAUUUGAUAUGAGACUCGCCAAGGAAGAUGUUCAAAUUCCAGAAAAUCGAAUGGAAAGAUUAGUCGAGCAGAGUGAUUUAAUGCAACAAACAAACGAUGAUAAGUCAAAGCAGAUUUCGAAAAACGCAUCAACAAACAAUAAGUUCGAUAAUCUUCGCCUGCUGAGAAGAAGGUUUCAGUUUGAUUCAGACACUACUCCACUUAUGACACCGAACAUCAACCCAACUUCGGAACAAUCACCAUCUGAUUCAAGUGAGGACGAAGCAGGCUCCAUGACGUCACCAGAAAUAGGAAGGGAUGAUGACCAAAGUGCAAAAGAGGACAUUGUUACGUCAGAAUCAGAAGACGAAACUGUCAAUAAAGAAAGCGAAAAGGACGAACAAAAGUUACUUAUUUCUGAGAAAUCGGUUGACAUUAGUUCAAUGCAAAACAUUGAUAAGCUAGUUGUAAACAAUGAGCUUCAAAAAGAAGAAGCAACUGUAGAGCCAGAGAAAAAACAACCGGUCAGAGACGAACGAAAAGUUAACGCCCUACCGAAUACCACCACGCACAACAAAUCAAGAAAAAUUCCGAAAAAGCGAGUACCUCCUUUGCCAGGAGCAAAAGUUGGAGCCGAACAGAAACAUGUUUUAAAACCUCCAGCGAUUCACCGAAUACCUGCGGACAGCGAUAGAGAGAAUGCACAGAAAAGAAUUUAUUUGGCAGCUAAAAGAAAGAGAUCAAAGAACUUCGUCCCACCACACAGAAGGCAGCAGCAGAGAAGGGGAUAUAACAAUAAGAUAUGGCUUGGACCAAGUCGCUUAUUUCGUGAUUCUAUCGCUUCGCCAGACACCGGCUCCAUGUUUAGCGAGACCGACGUUGCUUCAAAUCCUGCUAAUGAUUCACCGUUCGGUUCACUCAUGUCAUUUGGUACUUCCAUUCCAUCGCCGAAGCAAUUAAGGUGGGCAUUCAGGUCCAGGACUCGAAACCUGGACGGAGAGGUAACCUCAUUGACCUCCUCAAUGCCCAGUCCAUCAGGAAAUGAAGGUGGCGGUACAGAUAUGAUGCCAUCUUUAAGCCGACCGCCCUUGCUUGAACUUCCUGCUUAUCCAGCGGUUGUAACUGAACACAUUGAGUCCAGGCGAGCGGCAUUUCAAACUAAUUCAAAUGUUGCCACCGCCGAAAUUGAACCAAUGAUGCCGUUUACCGACAACUUACGUCGAAGGUUACAGGUUUUGCCGAACCCGGGAUCUCCUGCAGCGGGCUCGCCUUUGGCUAAUCGAGUUUGGGAUACACGUCCGGUUAUGGAGAACAGUAACUUGCUUAUGAUUGCAGAAGAGUCGGUACGGCCAAGCUUUGAUACAAGGAAAAGAAAAGAAGCUACUAAGUUGCCACCAACAGGUACUAACGCUAUAGGAAUUCGACAGCAUCUGAUCGACUUGACGUCAAAAAUAGAACCUAAAAAGAAGAUUGCAAAUUUGAAAUCAGAAUCCGGAAACUCGAGCUCGAGUUCCGGUGAAAAACCACGCGGAAAACGAGCACGGAACCCGAACGAAGGACCUGAAGUAGACGUACGUGGUUUGCGGAGAAAUAGUAACAGUUUCUGGAGCGUCAUUAAAACUUGGAAAAACAAAAGAAAAGAACGGAAACCUUCAGAUGAACAACAGAAGUUUAUGGCAGAAAAUUCAGCAGUGACUGCUGGACCACCAUUAGGAUUAUUCGUCAAACGAAGUUUAUCAAAAUCCGAAGAAGGGUUAUGUGGUCGAAAAAACUCAUCAAUCACUACACCCUUUGACAGCAUGGUAACUUGGGAAAACGAAAUGAACUCUUCCUUUCAUAAGUUUCAGCCAGGCAUAGCAAGGCCUUCGUUUUUGCCGAUUCAUCCGUUCACCGACUCCAAUAACAAUAAAGAACCAGCGACAUACGACGGUUACCCUCUCACUACACAACUAUUUCUCCAGCCCUCUAAAUCCGAGUCAUGUCUUGACUCCAAAUCAGUGUCUGCCCAACCCUCACCAAAUGCUAUGGCAGAUACUUCACGGAAAACACAAGAUGUUGAUACAAAAGUUGGUGUCCACUAUUGCGAGGCGUGCAGGGACGAACUUAAGUGCGUUAAGUCUAAAGAAGAAACGGAAGACCAUCUAAUCACCAUUGAUAAACAAAAUUUAGAGGUGGUCAAAAAUAAGGAAAAAGAAAGUGUGGCGGGGAACAUUAUACAAAACAAUGAACAAGAACAAGAUUUACUUGAGUUAAGUUCCGACGAAAAAAGCGAAAAGGGUGACGUUGAUUCGACGUUGUGUUUGGAGAAAGAAUCGGUAAACUGGGAAAUUGGUUCCAAUGAGUUAGUUUUAAAAAGCAACGAUUCCAGUUGUGCACAUAAAUUGAGAUACCUUUCUGCUCGCUGUGGCACAGAGAAGUUGUUUUUUAUUUAUUCCGCCAAAGUAUUUCUAUUUUCAUUUUGUAGUGAUUUUAGAAUAUUAUAGUCUCGAUAAUUAUUUUUUAUAUUUGAUUUUUUGUCUUCAACCGUUGACCAACGCCUACAGUGCUUUCUAUGUUUAUAAAUAUUAUCAUUUUUUUAUGGUUCCACUAGGUCGUGAAUUGUUACAGUAUAAAAAUAAAGUUUUUCGGAAAUUGUUUUAA